AUGGCAACUGUCUCGCCAUUCUCUUCUCCGACAUGGCCAAGCCCUAACCCUAAUUCUAGCUCCAAUCCACAUCCAGAAGAGGGGAAAGACCAUCCUAAUACACUCGCCGGCGAUAUUCACGCUGGUCUAUCGUCGAAACUUCCACCGAUCAGAACGAAUCCUAACCAACAACAACGAAUUUCAUAUAACCACGAUGGUGAAGAAGGUAUUUGCGCUGCAACUCAACCCAAUUCGGCACCGGCUGCGAUUGGACGGACCCUAAAUUCAAACGUUAACCUCAUAAUCCCUAAUUUUAACAACCGUGAUUCUGCUCCUUCACUUCUUUCGCUAUUUCACGUUUCGUUUAACCAAGACAACGGUUGUUUCGCGUGCGGUAUUAAUCAAGGAUUUCGGAUAUAUAAUUGCGAUCCUUUUCGCGAGAUCUUCCGUCGAGAUUUCGAGAAUGGAGGCGGUAUUGGGAUUGUGGAGAUGCUGUUUCGGUGCAAUAUACUUGCGUUGGUCGGUGGCGGUCCACAUCCUCAGUAUCCUCUCAAUAAGGUUAUGAUAUGGGAUGAUCAUCAGGGCCGAUGCAUCGGUGAAUUGUCUUUUCGGUCCGAGGUUCGUGGAGUUCGGCUAAGGCGAGAUCGAAUAGUUGUGGUUUUGGAGCAGAAGAUAUUCGUAUACAAUUUCACGGACCUGAUGUUACUGCAUCAGAUCGAGACGUUUGGGAAUCCAAAGGGACUCUGCGAGGUUUCACAAGGUUCCGGUAAUUUUGUGCUUGUUUGUCUCGGAUUGCGGAAGGGGCAAGUUAGGGUUGAACAUUACGCAUCGAAGCGAACAAAGUUUAUUUUAGCUCAUGAUUCAAGAAUUGCGUGUUUCACUCUGGCGCAGGAUGGGAAUAUGCUUGCCACUGCGAGCAAUAAGGGAACUCUUGUUCGUAUUUUCAAUACCCACGAUGGGACACUGCUGCAUGAGGUUAGGAGAGGUGCAGAUAGAGCAGAAAUAUAUAGCCUUGCAUUUUCUUCUAUGGCCGAGUGGCUAGCAGUCUCAAGUGAUAAGGGUACGAUUCACGUUUUCAGCCUCACGACCAUGGAUAAUCAGGACCAUAAUGCUGCUGUUUCUCCAUCUAGCUCACCACGUGCUCUCAUUAAAGGAGUUAUGCCCAAGUACUUUAGCUCUGUGUGGUCAUUGGCUCAGUUUCGUUUGGUUGAAGGUUACCAGUAUAUUGCCGCAUUUGGUCAUCAAAAGAAUACAGUGGUAAUUCUCGGCUUGGAUGGAAGUUUCUAUAGAUGCAAAUUUGACCCAAAAACUGGUGGGGAGAUGAGGCAAUUGGAGUAUCAUAACUUUGCGAAGCCUGAUGACUCGUUCUAAUUGCUUGCAGAAAAGAAGGUAUUUCUGGUUUGUUUUUUCUGACAAGGGGUAAAUAUGUAAUUUUUGUAAAUACAAAUAUGUGUAUAUAUAAUGUAAUCAACUUGUGAAAACGAAGACGAGAGGUGGUUUAUAUAAUAAGUGCAUUUGUGCUAUUCCACCCUCGAUUUGCAUGGUUGUACAAGAUGAGGUUAAUGGGCCGUUUACCAGC